AUGUUUUCGGGACAACGCGACGAAGACGAGGACGACGAGGGCGACGACGACGAAGAGCGACCUGUGGCAAGGCCACGGGAGCAGAGCCUCAUGCGAACCUCGGGCCAAGGGCGUGGGCGACAUGAGGCGACGACAAACAGGGAGAAGUAUCAGAGUUCCGGAGUUGGUGUGGCCGAAUGUCGGUUGGAAAGUCCGAGCCCUCGACCGGAAAUCAGAACGACCCUGAUCAAUCCCAGCCACAAUGCCACCGGGAACUCGAAAGGGACAGGCAGGGAACUUGCGCGUCUACUCUUCCACCGUCCAGGUUCGCUGGUGGAUGACCCGCAUGUCUGCUACCCAUGUUCCGCAACGGAACAGAUGCAGGUGCAGGUGCAGGUGCAGGCGCAGGCGCAGGCGCAGGUUCACACUAUGUACUAA